AGUUUCCGGUCGGGGAGAGCUUGGUUCCUCGGGUUGAAAGUGCAUCCCCUUUUUAGCACGUGGCGUUCCCUUUUAGCUUAGGGGCUUCUGAGUAGUUUUCUAGGCGGGCCUCUGCCGAAAGGCGGUUUGGUGGUCCGCGGGUAGGGCUGUCUCUGUGCGGUUCCUGUUCCAGCGCUGGGCGGACGGCCUCCCGGGCGUCGGGGCUUUGCGCGCUUCCGUCAUGGACUACCGGCGGCUGCUGAUGAGCCGGGUGGUCCCGGGGCAGUUCGACGACGCGGAUUCCUCCGACAGUGAAAGCAUUGACUUGAAGACCAUCAGAGAACAAGAUGGUGUUCUGUUUGAGGACCUGCAGAAGAAUAUGUCUGAGAAGACGGAGGGAGGUGAGAUGGAGGAGGAGGAGGAGGAGGAGGAGUACGAUGAUGAUGACGACUGGGACUGGGAUGAUGGAGUUGGGAAACUCACCAAGGGUUAUAUCUCGAAUGCAAGGAGUAACCCCCAGGCAAAUCGACAGACUUCCAAUUGCAAUUCAGCCAAAAUGUCUACUCCAGCAGACAAGGUCUUACGGAAAUUUGAGAAUAAAAUUAAUCUAGAUAAGCUAAAUGUUACUGAUUCUGUCAUAAAUAAAGUCACCGAAAAGUCUAGACAAAAGGAAGCAGAUAUGUAUCGCAUCAAAGAUAAGGCGGACAGAGCAACUGUGGAACAGGUGUUGGAUCCUAGAACGCGAAUGAUAUUAUUCAAGAUGUUGACUAGAGGAAUCAUAUCUGAGAUAAAUGGCUGCAUAAGCACAGGAAAAGAAGCUAAUGUAUACCAUGCUAGCACAGCAAAUGGAGAGAGCAGAGCCAUCAAAAUUUACAAAACUUCUAUUUUGGUGUUCAAAGAUCGGGAUAAGUAUGUAAGUGGGGAAUUCAGAUUUCGUCAUGGCUAUUGUAAAGGAAACCCCAGAAAAAUGGUGAAAACUUGGGCAGAAAAAGAAAUGAGGAACUUAAUCAGACUAAACACAGCACAGAUCCCAUGCCCAGAACCUGUCCUGCUGAGAAGUCAUGUUCUUGUCAUGGGCUUCAUUGGUAAAGAUGACAUGCCAGCGCCACUGUUGAAAAACGUCCAGUUAUCAGAAUCUAAGGCUCGGGAGUUAUAUCUGCAGGUCAUCCAGUACAUGAGAAGAAUGUAUCAAGAUGCCAGACUUGUCCAUGCAGAUCUCAGUGAAUUUAACAUGCUGUACCAUAGUGGAGGUGUGUAUAUCAUUGACGUUUCUCAGUCCGUAGAGCAUGACCACCCACAUGCCUUGGAGUUCUUGAGAAAGGACUGUGCCAAUGUCAACGAUUUCUUUUUGAAGCACAGCGUUGCUGUGAUGACUGUGCGGGAACUCUUUGAAUUUGUCACAGAUCCGUCCAUUACACAGGAGAACAUGGACGCUUACCUCUCAAAGGUGAGAUGGGGCGAGGAAAAGAAAGAACAGAAAAUAGUAGUAAUCUGCACUUACGUGCUGCUUCUCAGGGACUCCAGUUGCUCAGUGUAUGUUCGUUUCAACAGCUUCCUGAGACCUCCUGAUUUCACACAUAGGGAAUCAAAAAUACAGUAAAAAGCCAAUGGGAAU